UUUAAAAAGAAUGCGUAUUUUCCACAAAUUCUUGCUUUUUAAUAAUUUUGUGCCUCACAAACUUCGAUUUCAUUCAAUUGCUCGACCUGCCUUCUUUAAAUAUUAUCAACAACAACAAAAUCAAUGGAAGUUUUCGAACAUUUUUCUGGGAUUUGGUGGAACUGGUUUGCUUUCUAUUUCUUGGUUUACUUCAUCAAAGAAGGAUAAUGAUGAAAUUAAUGACGCAAAUGUUGACAAAAUAAUUAGGGACGCAGAUAUACUUUAUAAUGCUUAUUUGAUUGAUAAUGCUUAUGGAAUAUUGAGACGUUAUCGUUCUUCGGAAAAUUCUGAAUUGUUAUGGCGCCUCGCUAGAGUUAUUUGUGAACAAGGCAAGCAAUCCAAAAAUGUUGAGGAGAAGAAUCGUUUGUUUCGCGAAGCUUUUGAAAUUAUAGAAAAGGCGUUAAAAUGUGAACCAGCUAAAGGAUCUUUUGGUACUCAUAAAUGGUAUGCAAUUCUGCUCAAUAUUGUUUCUGAACUUGAUGGUGACAAAGCACAAUUGUCCAAAGCUGUGGAAGUUCGCAAUCAUUUUGAAAGAGCUUUGGAACUCGACCCAUUGGACGCGACUACUUGGCAUUCACUUGGUGUUUGGCAUUAUUCCUUUGCUAAUCUCUCGACAAGUCAACGCUUUCUUGCCGGAAUUUUUUAUUCAAGACCUCCAAAUAGUACUUAUGUUGAGGCAUUACGCCAUUUUGAAAAUGCUGAAGCUAUUAAGGCUAAAGUGCAAUUUAUUUUGGCUUUUAUAGCUCCAGUGAUUUCAAUGGAUGAUGGAGAAAUACAUAAAAAGGCAUUUGAUCAUUUACAUAAGAAAUAUAGACUUACAAGAGAACAAAUUAUGGAAGAACAUGGAAAGAAUUCUAAAACUUUCAAUAAGUGA